AAAAGCGAGAAACUCAUCUGCUCACUUUGUAGCGAGUAAGGAGUUGUGUUAUCAACAGUGUUUACGGUGUGUUUGCAGUUGUUGAUAGCGUUUUAUUGUGUCGAUUAUGGGACAGCGACUAUCUCGUAAAGAGAAAUCGGAGGGAGGAGAGGAGUGCGUUCACGGGGUAAAUCCCCGUACAGCACUGACACUCACCGACCACAAGGCGGAGCACCAUCCUCGUCCUGACGAGACGCCUGUGGGUACCGGUGAGGGAGGCGGGCAGGAGAGAAAGGAGAGAGGGGGAGAGCAGACAAAGAAGAAGAGGCAGAAAAAGAGAAGGUUUCGAAAGUUUGCCUCUUUUUUCACUUGUUUGUCUCGCCCCAAAUCCACCGAAGCUCAGAGUGAGCAGGUAGAGCAGGGAGAGGUGGACCAGGACACUGAUGAGCCCCCAUCCAGGAGGUGUACUGAUGAUCAGGCUUCUCUACAGGAUGUCAUCUGUACUGUGAAGGACAAUGAUCAUCAGGAACCUCCUUCCAGUAGUCCUGAAGUCUCUCCUGCUGCCGAGGACCAGCAAGUGGAGGACGUCCAACCUCAAGAUCAGGACAGUCCAGCCAGUCUGUCAGUGGGUGAAAGUCCACCACAUCUGCUGAGACAGCUGGACUGUGACAAGAUCAUGAGGAUCGAGGACCACAUUUGCUGGAAAUACACCAUCGGCAAGAAGAUGGGGGAAGGAGGAUUCGGCUCUGUUUUUGAAGGGGUCCGUUGCAAGGAUGGCCUUGUGGUGGCUAUGAAAUUUACAGCAAAGACAGAGAACGAGCCAUACAUCAGCCUUCCUGACCAUCCCAGACCAGUUCCCCUUGAGGUGGCCCUGACAGUCUUGGCCAAUCAAGGCCCCAGCUGUCCCCACAUCGUAAAGCUGCUAGAUUGGCAGGACCAUCCCAACCAGACCAUCAUGGUCUUAGAGCGGCCCAUACCCUGUAUGGAUAUGCACAGCUUUUGGGAGCAUCACGGUGGCCUCUUCAGUGAGGAGUUGGCGCGUCAUUUAAUGCAGCAGGUGAUAGACGCUGCUGCCGUCUGCUGUUCCCGGGGGGUCUUUCACCGGGACAUCAAGAUGCCGAACCUCCUGGUCAACACAGAGACCCUCGAGGUUAAAUUGAUUGAUUUUGGUUGUGGGGACCUCCUGAGAAGCUCACCCUACCUCACCUACAGUGGGACAGCAAGGUACUGCCCUCCUGAAUAUUUUAAGAAGGGCGAGUACCAUGCGAAGCAGGCAACGGUGUGGUCGCUGGGGGUGCUGCUGUUUGCCAUGAUCACCAGCCUUUAUCCAGACAGCAGCGAUAUAAAUUUGAUAGAUGCAGAUAUCUGGUUCCAGCCGGGCUUCUCAGAUGAAUGCUGCCGUUUUAUUCGGGGUUGUCUGAAGAGCGAGCCAGAGGAGAGGCUUCAUCUGGAGGAGAUGCUCUUCCAUGACUGGUUCAAGGUCACCCUGUAG